AUGAAAGAAUGGAAGAAAGAGAUAGAGUUGGCUUCUGGGGAAAAGAUAAUUGCGGCUAGAACUGAUAAUGCACCAGAACUCCUGCAAGCUAUUCGCGAAUGGUCAUCAGGCGCACGCUCGGAAACUACGACGAUCGCUUCCUCACAUCAAAACGGACCUGCUGAACGGAAUAUAAGGACAGCAGAAGCAGAUAUGAGAGCGAUGCUCAAAGAAGCCAGUUUACCAUUGGAAUUCUGGGAUGAAGCUGUUGAACACGACGCCUAUAUUCGAAAUCGAACCAAUAGCGGCCCCGAUGCAAACGGAAUAGACCGAUCUCCUACCGAAGCGUUCACAGGUACGAUCCCUGAUCUAGGGAUGUGCAAGGUCUGGGGGAGCAAGUGUUAUGCCUACAUAAAUCCUAAGACAAUUCCGAAAGGGCAAAGGCAUGAUAAGUUAAGAGACACUUCAAGAGCAGGCGUAUUCCUGGGAUAUUCGAAAACCACGAACAGACAUGUCAAAGUGUAUUCGCCAGAAUUAGGAUAUACAUUCAGAUCAAGUAGAGUUGUUAUCGACGAAUCCUGUAAAGGAGGCGAUAUGGAUCUUAAGCUGAGAAACUGCGAAUCUGGACCGCAAGGUACAAAGAAUAUGGAGCCAGAUCGAAGAUCUCGAGGGAGGCCAGCAGCAAACAAGGCAACUAUUCCAAUUACAAUACCAGAUACGCCUUCACCAACCCCAAUCGAACCAUUUUCUCCGAUGCAGAUUAUACCGAAUACAAAAAUCGUAUCAAAUGCUCCUGCUGCUCCUACUGUAGAGCUGAAAUCAGUAAUACCAGACAUAUCUAUACCGUCAUACGAUGAAGAUGAAAACGGGAAUAUCCAGCAGACAAAUGAAGGAGUAGUACCAGACGAUAUCACAUCAAUCAAACCUACCGCAGAAGAUACCCCAACGCAAGAGCCUACUUCUGCAAGUCCAGAACCUGCACCCGAAGCAGAUUUUGGGACCGUCCCAAAAUCUGCCAGCGAACCCAUUUCUACAGGGCCAGAAACCGCGAUCGAUAUGCAAUCGCCCGAAGAACAGGAAGACGAAAUGGAAUACGAUAUGGACCCUCCAAGAUACCUAACGCGAAAGAGAAAAAGAGAGAUGGAAGGAAAUCCUGACGGACAACGGUACAAUAAGAUCGUAAGAGCGUUGAUCGCAAUGGCAAUGGAAGCCAAGACCUACGAAAGCGAUGAACAUGCGAUGGUUGCAAUCCCAAGUUUCCACACAGUGGAUCCCUAUAUCAAGAACAAGAUCGUGACCAAUUUUACUACCUUACUCCAGAGUAAAGUCAGUGACGAAGAUACAGCAUAUCCAGCUAGUGAGGUCCUAGGAAUCAAAAUACCAAGAACCUAUAAUGAGGCAGUAUCGGACCGGAAAUAUGCUGUAAAAUGGAAGGAGGCUAUACAGGAAGAAAUCAAUUCUCUAGUUCAGAAUGGUACUUGGGAAGAAUUUAUACUUCCUAAAGGAAGCAAUCUAGUUUCUACAAAAUGGGUAUUUACAAUCAAGACAAAGGACAACAAAGUUGAGCGAUUCAAGGCAAGAUUAGUAGCUAGAGGAUUUAGCCAAGUACUAGGAAAAGAUUACAACGAAACGUUCGCGCCGACGAUGAGGCUGGAUACACUCCGACUCUUCCUUGCUAUUGUUGCUAAAGAAAAUUUGGAAUGCUCUCAUUUCGAUAUUAAAAACGCUUUCACGGAAUCCCAUCUUAAAGAAGAGAUCUACCUUGAGCCACCGCAGGGAGUCAAAGUCGAAAGAGGCCAUGUAUUGAAAGCAUUGCGAAGUCUAUAUGGACUAAAGCAAGCCGGAAGAGAUUGGAGUUUGCUACUGAAAAUGGAACUCUUAAAAAUGGACUUCGUACAGAGCCUGGCUGACCCGUGUCUGUACACAUCUCAGGACCACAGCAUAAUGCUAUUGGUAUACGUCGACGAUAUCGUCGUUGCAUCACACCAGAAAUCACAGAUCGAACGAUUUGGGGAAGAGCUGUCGACACGCUUCAACACCAAGAACCUGGGGGAGAUAAGUAAGAUCCUAGGUGUCAGAAUCAUUCGCGACAGGAAAGCAUAUACAUUAACCAUGGAUCAAGAAGAAUACCUCGACGCUAUGCUGAAUAAGUUCGGUAUCACCCACGGACAGCAUCAAGCCAAGAAAGUACCAGUAGCAGAUUAUACACACCUCCGACCAGCGAACGAUGAUGAUGAGCUGACGGAUGUAAACGAAUAUCAACAAGCAAUAGGGAGCGUAAUCCAUCCAAUGGUAUACACUAGACCAGAUAUAGCGUUUGCAGUUGGAAGACUCUCACAAUUUAUGGCAAAACCAGCAAAGCAUCACAGUAUAGCCUUAAAGAACCUAAUGAGAUACCUACGAUCGACAGUCAAGCAAAAACUAUGGUUCGGACCAAAGGGAGUACAAUCUGAUAUCUGCAAAGAGUACAAUAUGCUAGAUGAUACAAUAAAGGUAUAUACAGAUGCAGAUUGGGCUAACGAUAAACAAGAUCGGAAGAGCGUCUCAGGAGGAGUUGUGAUGUUCUAUGGAGGACCUAUAUCAUGGGCUAGCAAGAAGCAGACAUCUGUAGCAACUUCCAGUGCAGAAGCCGAGUAUAUCGCAAUGGCAAUGUUCACCAAGCAGGGAAGAUGGAUUGCCCAAAUACUUAAAGAUCUGUCAAAAUCAGGCUACAUCGGGAAGAAAGGGGAUACAGUCCAGAUGUUGGGAGACAACCAAGGUGCCCUAGCCCUAACCAAGAACCCACGGUUGCACGAGAGAUCCAAGCAUAUAGAUAUCAGCUAUCAUUUCAUUAGAGACCUAACAGAAAAGGAGAAGAUCGCCACUGAUUACAUCAACACAUGCGAUAUGGUUGCCGAUGGAAUGACGAAACCGUGUACAAGGGUCGCCUUCGAGAGAUUCAAGAAAAUGCUGGGACUAGUAGCAUAA